AUGCUAGCCUUUUUUACACUUAAAAGGAACGCGAUAUCUUCAAGGUUCAUAAAUACAUUUAGUAAGGUAGCUCAAGUUUCCCGGGUGCUUGAUUCUCAGCCGUUAGUAAAAACGACAAAGCCACCGAAGACAUCUGUAUACCCUGAUAAGUACCUGCGGAGAAGCUUCGUUCCAAAAAAUAAAAAAAGGAUCAAAGCAAAUGGUGAUCUUGGAAAUUCGGCAGAGGAUUCCUUGGGGGCUUUUCUGAAAGUGAAGCCUUGUACAACAAUUACUACCGCGGAAGCGUAUGACCUAAGCAAAGUUAUUCAUAGUCUGAAUGCUUCUGGCUAUCAUCCUGUAAACCUCAUUCCUGGGGAAAUUGUCAGUUUUAAAUACUUGUAUGAUGGGUGUCGAGCGGAUAUCAUGGUUUUGGGAAAUAGUGGGACUGUUGUUUCGUGGGGUUUCGACGAGUCUUGCGUUUUGGAAGUGAUAUUACCCCUUCUUAAUGGAGCAAGAGUGAAUCCCCUUCCUGAAAACCUUUUAGAAACAGAAGAUAUGGAUUACGUUGAGAUAGAUACUGAUCAGGAUUUGCUCAAAGUCAGGCAACACAUCAAUAAAGUCGAUGAAGGUAGUUUACUGGAAGGUGAUUUAAUGAUCAUUAAUUCAACUGACACUGAUCAAGGGCUGCUGGAUAAAGCUGCAUUUUCAAGCGGCAUGUCAAGAAGCACAAGACUGGCUGUUUUAGAGGCCUCUUUGGAUGCACAUAUUGAGAGAACAAGGAAGUUUACGGAAGCAUUGUCCGUUGGAAGAAAACUAAAUGUGAGUGAGUCAGAUAUACUUCGCUCCACCGGGAGAUUAUUCCUUAUGAGAGGAAAACUCAAUUUAUACUCUGAACUGAUAGAAACCCCUGAUCUUUACUGGAGUGAACCUCAGCUUGAAAAGAUAUACAAGCAAAUCUCCAAGAACUUAGAUAUUCAGCCAAGAAUCACUAUCUUGAAUACAAAGUUGGACUAUGCUACAGAAGAAUCUCGUGCAUUAAUGGCUGUGUUGAAUGAGAAGAAAAGCACACAUCUUGAAUGGAUAAUUAUCUACUUGAUUACAGUGGAAGUAUGCUUCGAGCUACACCAUUAUUAUGAACGGUAUUGGCUGGAUAAAAAUACCGAGGUCAAUUCACACUGA